AUGACCUCACAAGAUUACGCGGCCUCAGUACAACCAACGUAUUCAACGAAUACCAAUGCCUACAAUGCCUAUCAAUGGCCCACAGCUAUCAAUGGAAUAAAUACGUUGAAUACGUUAGGAACGUACAAUCCCUACAACAGCUAUACCACAACCACGACACAAAUGAACAAUGCAUACAGCGGUUUUCGAGUUGGCGGUGGUAUUUCACCUAUCGGUGGUAGCCGAAGUGCAUCGGGUGGUAGCACGGGAACGACCUUAUCCGGUACUUCCGCCUCAACUGCCUCACCAUCCCGUGGUUCUUCAUGUGGAGGAGGCGAUCAACAACUUACCAGUUCUGAAUUAGCAAGAAUUCGACGUACUGGCAACUAUGGUUGUGCAAAACCGCCGUAUUCAUACAUAUCGUUGAUAACGAUGGCUAUUCAGCACUCGGCUAACCAUAAAAUGACCUUGUCAGAAAUCUACAAUUGGAUCAUGGACCUCUUUCCCUAUUAUAGGCAGAACCAGCAAAGGUGGCAGAACUCCAUUCGACAUUCUCUAUCGUUUAAUGACUGCUUUGUAAAAAUUGCUAGGACCCCUGAUAAGCCAGGAAAAGGUUCAUUUUGGACGUUGCACGAGCUGUGUGGUAAUAUGUUCGAGAACGGUUGCUACCUACGGCGGCAGAAGCGUUUCAAGGUCAAGGAGAGAGAUCCACCAAGGAAGAAGGUACGUUCCCCGGCUCCUAUUUUGGACUUCCACGAUUUUGAGCCGGAUAUCAAAGAUUCCCUUCAACAAUCCCAACAACAACAGCAACAACAACAACAACAACAACAAAUGCAACAGAUUUCUAUGUCGACUCCAUCCUCGUUGAGCCAACCAACGUCUGUGAUUUCCACCAUUGGCACUACGCCACUCGGAGCUCAAACGGCUACGGUAAGUCAUCGUUAG